AUGCCUCUCGUCAUUGAUAUCCAUACCCAUGUCUAUCCUCCGGCAUAUAUGGAAAUGCUGAGGGCACGCAAAACAGUCCCAUACGUCCACGACCCCUCCAACAAUAAAGACCCACGACUGAUUAUCCUCUCCUCAGACGAUGAUCCCUCUAUACCUAUAGACCAACGCGGGCGCCCAGUCGACUCUUCCUACUGGGACAUCAACGUCAAGCUAGCAUUCAUGCGCCAGCACGGAAUCAACUGCAGUGUGAUCUCCCUCGCGAAUCCCUGGCUCGACUUCGUCGAACCGAGCGACGCCCAGAUGUGGGCGGAGAGAAUCAACAAUAACCUCGAAGAGACCUGCGCGGGGGUGAAUAAGGCCGCUGAUCCAGGGAACACCCUGAAUCUUGACCAGAAGGAGACGCUAUUCGCAAUGGGUGCUUUACCUCUGAGUGCUCCCAGCUCUGGUAUUGUCGUCAAUGAGAUAAAGCGGCUUAAGACGCUUCCGCAUUUACGAGGCGUGAUUAUGGGUACGUCCGGGCUAGGGAAAGGGCUGGACGAUGCGACACUUGAUCCCGUAUGGCAGGCGCUCCAAGAUACAGACACGCUGAUGUUUCUACACCCGCACUACGGCUUGCCAGAUGAGGCCUUUGGGGGAUCUGAUGCGACGAGUCGAUAUGGCCAUGUGCUUCCCUUGGCGUUAGGGUUUCCGCUCGAGACUACUAUUGCGGUAACGCGGAUGCUGUUGUCGGGUGUGUUUGAUCGCUUUCCACGGUUGAAGAUUCUCCUAGCGCAUUCUGGUGGUACUCUUCCUUUCCUCGCCGGGCGUAUCGAUAGCUGUAUUCAUCAUGAGCGCAAGUUUAUUUCUGGGGGAGGUGACGUCCAAGGGCCUCAGAGGAGUGUAUGGGAUGUGCUCAAAACAAAUAUAUAUCUGGAUGCCGUGGUUUAUGGAAAACCGGGUUUAGAGGCAGCAAUGGCCGCGUCGGGAUCUGAUCGUCUUCUCUUUGGAACCGACCAUCCAUUCUUCCCUCCACUUGACUCUAAAGAGGGUGACUGGCCGAGUGUGUCGACCAACUACAAUGCGAUCCAUGCGACUUUCGACACAGAUUCUGAGACGGUGGCAGAUGUUUUAGGUGGAAAUGCCGCUCGCAUUCUAAAUUUGGAGUGA